CAGACUCUUCAAAAUGUUGUUGCACCCGGUUCGCUAAAAAUCACUAAAUUUGGAGGAUCCGACUCGCUCCUCAUGGCAUGUUUGAAGAGUCAGAGCAACAUAGGCCAAGGGGAUUCAACAUUUAUCAUAUAUACAUAAAAAAAUAUGACCUCGUAUAUACGCUCUGCCCCUGGUUUUAUGGCUUCCCAUGUAUAGCUAUCCUAUUAAGUGUUUCUAAGCUAAUUAUCUUUCCUAAAACUAUGUUUUUUCGUUUUACCAAAUGAACAGUGGAAAUCAGUUAAGAGAUUGGGUGCUAAUGUUGUUCUCGUGGGGGACGCUACCAUAGGCCAAAAAGAGGGCUGUUGAGAAAGGCCAGACGUUCAUCCCUCCUUUUGAUCAUCCGGAUGUCAUAGCAGGGCAAGGCACUAUAGGUAUGGAGAUUAAUCGCCAACUCAAAGAUAAAAUUCACGCGAUAUUUGUGCCUGUUGAAGGAGGGGGUCUUAUAGCUGGUAUUGCUGCCUAUAUGAAAAGGGUUGCCCCUGAUAUAAAGAUUAUUGGAGUUGAGCCAUCUGAUGCAAAUGCAAUGGCAAUGUCAUUACAUUAUGGUCAGAGAGUCAUGCUGGACCAAGUUGGAAAAUUUGCAGUUGGUGUAGCUGUUAAAGUGGCUGGCGAAGAAACUUUCCGUCUUUGUAAGGAACUAAUAGACGGGGUGGUCCUAGUUAAUCGCGAUGCUAUAUGUGCAUCGAUAAAGGACAUGUUUGAAGAGAAACGGAGCAUAUUAGAGCCUGCUGGUGCACUUGCUCUAGCUGGAGCUGAAGCAUACUGCAAGUACUAUGGCCUCAAGGAUGAAAACGUAGUCGCAAUAAAUAGUGGAGCCAAUAUGAACUUUGACAGACUAAGAUUGAUAAGCGAACUUGCAGAUGUUGGCAGAAAGAAGGAAGCUGUGCUAGCUACUUUUAUGCCAGAAGAGCGGGGAAGCUUCAAAUGCUUCUGUGAACAGGUCACUUAGAACAUUUAAAAUAUGCAAUUUUGCUUACUACAUCUGUUAGUUUCUCUAACAAACUUGAAACAUUGACUUGGAUCACAGGUCGGACCAACAAUGAAGUUUACUGAAUUCAAGUAUAGAUAUAAUUCAAGCAAAGAAAAAGCUCUAAUGCU